CUUGGCUAAGGGCAAAGAACGGAUGAGGGUUGGCGUGCGGCUGUGGGCUGUGCUGGGGAAGAUGUCGGCUGUGUGCGGCGCCGCGCGCAAUCCGCUGAUCGCCGUCUGCCAGAUGACGUCCACCGCCAACAAGGAGGAAAACUUCACCACCUGCUCCACGCUGAUCCGGGAGGCCUCCGCCCGCAGCGCCGCCAUGGUCUUCCUGCCCGAGGCCUUCGACUAUAUCGGCGGCAGCACCGAGGAGACGCUGAGCCUGGCCGAGAACCUGGACGGGGAGCUGAUCCGGCGCUACUCCGGGCUCGCCAGGGAGUGCCGCCUCUGGCUGUCUCUGGGCGGAUUCCAUGAGAAGGGCCCCGACUGGGACAAAGAGCGCAGGAUCUCCAACUCCCACCUCGUCCUCGAUGACACAGGAAGCAUCCGGUCUGUCUACCGCAAGGCUCACCUGUUCGACGUGGAGCUGCAGAGCGGGGUGUCACUGAAGGAGAGCGCUUUCACCAUUCCAGGGGCGGAGCUGGCGCCCCCUGUCUGCACGCCGGCGGGAAAGGUCGGGCUCGCCGUGUGCUACGAUCUUCGCUUUCCUGAAAUGUCGCUGGCGCUGUCGCGGGAAGGAGCCGAAAUUCUCACCUACCCCUCGGCCUUCACCGUCACCACAGGGCUGGCGCACUGGGAGGUGCUGCUGAGGGCCCGAGCCAUAGAAAACCAGUGUUACGUGGUGGCCGCGGCACAGACCGGCAGCCACAACCAGCGCAGGACUUCCUACGGCCACGCCAUGGUGGUGGACCCGUGGGGCACGGUGGUAGCUCAGUGCCGGGACGGGCCCGGGGUGUGCUACGCAGAGAUCGACCUGGCUUACCUCCACCGUGUGCGGCGGGAGAUGCCGGUGCAGAGCCACCGCAGGGCCGACCUGUACGGCGCCGGCACCAAGAAGACUCCACGCUGAUGGAGAAAUGGCGGAACCCGAGAUCGGCCAAUCGUGC